CGUGACAAGAAUGGGCAAAGUGACAUGGGUUGGGCUAUAUCUUGACCCCAACAGGAAAAUUCUAUAUCUACCACUGGCUGAUGUGUGUCUAAAGAGCCAAGAAUCAUAAACGCGUUUGGAAGACUUGUUGCCAAAAGUAUAGAAGACAAACGAAUCUUGUUUCUGCAGAAACUUGUAGGUAAACACUGAUGCCAUCUUAUUCACACCAGUAACAACCAAAAAACCCUACAGUAAAAGACAUUAAAGAAAAUAGAAGCUUUAACCCUACAAGCAUUUCCCAAAUUAGAUCGAAAGGGAUUUGACAGCUGCAAAAUGAAUUUAAUAAUAAAUAUUGGAAAUUGAAAUCGCAUGUUUGGUAGGAGUAUGAGGUUUUUAAUUAAACCAACUGCAUAAAUUUAAACCUAGCAGUUCUGAAAUCUCAGAGACAUGGCUACUAGUACUUAUUUAUUCUUCACUUUGAUCAUUGCCAGUUCUUUGUGCUCAUUCGGAGUUUCUAGGGUGGAACCUCAGAAAGUUACUCUCUCAGUUUACUAUGAAACUCUAUGUCCCUAUUGUGCUACUUUCAUCGAAACAAAUCUUGCUCGAAUUUUCGCCAAGGGUCUCAUCACCAUUCUCAAUCUCAGGCUGGUUCCUUGGGGAAAUGCUUCUACAGCCACGUUUUGUCAGCACGGACCAGAUGUGUGCAAGCUAAAUUCUCUGGAAGCUUGUGCGCUCGAUGUUUUACAAGAUGUGCUUGAACAAAAAUAUGCGAAUGAAACCACUCACCUCAGUCCGCCUCUUAAGUUCGUUCCAUGGCUGGUUCUGAAUAAUCAACCGAUUGGAAAUGUUGGUAACAGGACUAUGAAAAUUUCGCUUCCUACGUUUGCAAGGCUUACAAAGGUGCCGCCUUGCCGAUGGCCUGCCAAUCAGAGUACUCUAUCGCCACAGAAAUCAAUUUCUCAGCUUGCUUAAUUACUUGACUCUAUUGAGCUCAUAAGUCAAAUAUUACAUUAGCAUUUAGAAGUUUUAAGGGAUAAAUAAAUUCUCAAACCGACUGCUUUGUGCUGCAAUGGAAUGUCAAGUGCAUGACAAUCUAUCUGCCUUACCAUAUUUUAGACAGAAAAAAGCCCAGUUACUUUGAGACAAAGGUAAUCAAUCAGAUUAUAAUUUCAAAAGCAUCAAAAUAUGAACUUCAUAGAUCACUUUGCCAGUUCUUAUCACUAAAAAUAUAUACACUUUCAAUCCCAUGUAUACCUGCUGACAUGGAAUACCAAAUUCAUGAGAAAGUGACAUAUAACAA